AAUGGAAAAUUCAGCGCUCAUCAUCGUUGAUGUUUAAAAUGAUUUUUGCGAAGGAGGAUCUCUUCCUGUAUAAAAAUCUUCUGAAAUCAUUCCUAAAAUAAAUAAAGUGAGAAAAUACUUCAAACAUGUUAUUUUUACUAAAGAUUGGCAUCCUGAAAAUCAUGUGUCUUUCAAAAUAAACCAUCCAAAUUUACAUGAAUUGAAAAAAGAAGUAGUUGAAAAUCUUUGGCCAGUUCAUUGUGUUCAAAAUACAUAUGGAGCUGAAUUACACAAAGAUAUCUAAAUCGAGGAAAGUGAUAUUAUUGUUCUUAAAGGAACAAAUUCUAAAUAUGACAGUUAUAGUGGCUUUGGAUGUAAAGAAGAUUAAACUAAUUUAAAUGAAAUUGUAUUAUUCAAUUAAAUUAUAUUAGCUUCAAUCCUUAAAUGUGGAUACCAUUUAUGUUGGUGGAUUGGCAUUAGAUUAUUGUGUUCUCUUCACAGUCAUUGAUGCAAUAAAAUUAGGGUACAAGGUAAAGAUCUUAAAGGAUUGUACUUAAGCAAUAGAACCAGAAAAUGCCAAAAGCAAAAUUAACUAAUAUUUUGCUGAAAUCCGUCGCUAAGACAACACAAUUUUGGAAAAUUCUUUAUAAAUUUUCACUUCUUAUGAGGUAGAAGAAUGACU